AUUUAAAAAUUUUCGCAAAAUUUUCAUAUGUUUAUUUAUUCUCAUUAAAGUUUCACUGCAAAGGCUUACAUAUUGGAAUAUUUUUUCCUGAAAAUUCUUGAAAAUUUUAAUUAACUGAAUUGUUUUGUCAAGCGAUGGAAGAGAAAUCGAGGAUUCCUUUACUGCUGACUUUUAUGUGCAUUUGUUCAGAGGUAUCAUCGUUGUCAUCAUGCGAGGAAUCAGCCAGUACAGUGCGACACGUUGAUCGCUGUCCAACAGACUCAGAAUCAUGGGAAAUGGCUGCCAAAAACAAGAACUGUGAUACCAUUAAACAGAAUUGCUCGAACAUACAUUAUUUUCAGUAUCAUUGUGUCAUAAAUGCGUGGAUGAACGAGACUUUAGAAGUGUGUGCACCUAAUCGUAUUAUAUUUGGCUAUUGCACAGAAUAUAAUGUCAUGGGGCGAGUUAUUCAAGAGAACUACCUCGCAGAUUGUACAAAACAUGAUCCGCCAUGCCCAGAAUUCUACAACUCAGCAGAGGCAUACAAAUAUCAAAGUUGUUAUCAGCUGGUAAAAAAGAAUCAUCAAACAAUAGAGUAUAGCAACGAAGAUAUAAAGAAACCAGUUGUACAUGUGAUGUCAACUUCAGAAAUGCUCCGCGGAGGUAUAGCGGUUAUAUUUCUAUCCAUACUGCAUGCAUGUGUUUUAUAAGGAACAGUAUGUGUGUAUAACUCCCAUGACUGCAUGUUUACCUGUAUGUGUUGAUGCAGUCGCAAGAACUUCGUCUAACUUUCAAAUGUUCAUCUGAUGGGAGCCUGUACAAUUAAGUCUUUCAAGAAAAAAGGAGAAACUUUUAAAUGGCAGGGUUUAGAGUGAAAUUUGUUGACAAAUAAUAAGACGUUGUUACAAAUACAAUGUUACAGUAAUGUUGUAAUUGUGAUGCCAAUCGAAAAUCGUAACAUAUUAUUUCCGUUUAUUUGAUGUUGCCUAUUAACUCCUCGUUGGAUCAACCGCAUGCGUUGAAAUAUUAAUUAUUAUGCAUAUUCAUCGGUGAUUUCACAAUCCUAUAGAUGUUAACUUUGUUCUUGAAAAUGACCGCGUGACUUAUCUUAAAUUUACUUAAAAUCGUCAUUCUACAAUUAAUUUAUCAUGUACAGCCUGUUAAUUGGUAUUAAUAUUAAAACGAAUGAUUUAUCAGUUAAAGUGGCGUGGUCUCGAUUUUGGUCAAACAUAUUUUUCCGAUUUUAAUAUUUACAAUGCUUCAGUAAGGCAUUUUUAAUAGGCAACCAAAUUUUGAGUGCCAGUCGUUGAGUUAUAAGCGAGUUACAGAGCUUACAGUUCUUUGCUAGUGUAAACAAAGCUUUUGUUUUAAUAAAAUUCCAGUUUUAUACUCAAAAUGAAUGUGUUAAACGUUAGGAUCUGUUUUUUAUGCUUAUUAAUAAAAUGAAUUAGAGUAUAGACAAAUCAGCUGGAAAAGCACGUUUUUACUAGACUAAGUAUAUUGAACCCUGAAUAUUUUACAAAAACAGGGCACGAGCCUUGUUUGCAUGAGAAAGAGUUGUGACCCCUGUAUAUUGCUUAUAUCUCUAUCCCAUGCU